AUGAUUAUAUGUACAAUGGCAAGAAGUUUUAAUCAACAACAUGACAAUUUUUUGCAUGAAAAUCAACGAUGUAUAGCAACUCUUGGUGAAAUGAUUCAUACAGCUAGUUUAAUUCAUGAUGAUGUUGUUGAUUCAAGUGAUAGACGACGAGGUAAACCAGCUGCAGCUAUCAAAUGGGGACCAAAAAAAGCUGUACUAGCUGGUGAUUAUAUUCUUGGUAUAUCAUCCGUAAUGCUUGCUCGCAUUGGAAAUUGUGAGGUUAUUUCACUUCUUUCUCGUGUUAUUCAAGAUCUUGUUCGAGGUGAAUUUAUGCAAUUAUCAACCAAAGAAAGUGAUGCUGAACAAUUUCAAGAUUAUUUAAAUAAAACAUUUUGUAAAACUGCAAGUCUAUUUGCAAAUACAUGUAAAGCUGUUGCGUUAUUAGGAAAUAUUCCUUCUAAUAAUAUAAAACAAUCAGCUGAUCUUGCCUAUGACUUUGGUAAAAAUUUCGGUAUGGCCUUUCAAUUAAUCGAUGAUUUACUUGAUGUUACGGCAACAGAUGCUGAUCUUGGAAAACCAGCUACAGCUGAUUUAAAAUUAGGUUUAUCAACAGCACCGGUACUUUUUGCUAGUCAACAGUUUCCAGAAUUACAGGAUCUUAUAUUAAGACGUUUUUCUGAAUCCGGUGAUAUUAAACGAGCUUUAGAAUUAAUUGAUCAAAGUGAUGGAAAAGCUCGAACAUAUCAUCUUGCUGAACAGUAUGCAAAUGAAGCUUGUCGAAUACUUAGUAGUUUUUCACAAUCAUUAGAUGGCUCAAAUGUAUUUUUAAACUUAUUGACUCAUCUAACACAAUCGACAUUAAAACGUCGACGUUAA